AUGGCCCCGUUGUCCAGAUUCUGUGUAGUUGAAGCAUUUGUGCCGGGUAGUUUGGUCUCUCUCUGCCUACGUUUCCAAUCAGUCUCUGUUUCCCAUCUUUUCCAGCCUCACAGCUGGCAGCCGGGGAUUAAUAAUCCAUACCGAGGCAUGGUGCUGUGGCCUGUACCAGAAAAUGUUGACAUCUCUGUAACUCUCUACAAGGAGCCCCUGGCCGAGGAAUUUGAAGACAAGGAAUGGACGUUUGUUAUCGAAAACGAAAGCAAAGGGCGUCGCAAGGUGCUCGCAUCCGCCGACAUAAACAUGAAGAAAUAUGCCAGCCCGAUGCCCACCGUCACCGACGUCAAGCUCAAGCUCAAACCUCUCUCUGUCAAGGUCAUCUGUGCCACGCUGCAGUUCUCCCUCUCCUGUGUCUUCCUCCGAGAAGGACGAGCAACGGAUGAGGAUAUGCAAAGUCUGGCCAGCCUGAUGAGCGUGAAACAGGCUGACGUCGGUAACUUAGAUGAUUUUGCUGGGGAGAGUGACGAGGAGGGAGAUGAUCGCAAGGUACAUCAGGAAGAUAAGGCUGGUAGACUGAAAGACAUCAGCGAGCCCCUCAGUACACUUCAGGAGGAGGAGGAAGACCCUGGAAUAGCUGCGACCAGUCGGGAAACAGCGGCAACAAUGCCAGCUCGAUGGAAGAUGGAUGCCAAGGCCGAGAAUGGUUCAGGGGUCACCGCGACCAGUUUAGGCCCUUUUAGUAAAGUCCAUGAGAUGGAGAUCGUGCACAAGAGGCCUGUUGACAAGGAUUACCUCGCACCAGGAGGCCCAGACGACGGUCGGAGCUGCAAGAAGGGGAGCGCUGUACAACACCCUCCCCAUGUCACCGUGGUAACCUCAAGCAGCCUGCCUGGGGAUCCAGGGUCUGAAGCCAAGCCGGCCUCGGAUGGAGGGAGGCCAAGCCCCAAUGGGGCCCCGCCUGUUGCCAACACAGGUCAGCCGAGCAAUCCCUUUGAGGAGGGGUCCGCCACCCCACCCCAGCCCUGCAAGCCUGAGGAGCUAGGCCGCAAUGACAUUGCCCAGCAACCACAGACUGGAAAGAUGGAUGACAGCUCUGCCAAGCUGACUGAAGCCACAGGAGAGAAACCAUUGCCCGCUCCGCGUCUAAAGAAGAGGCAGCACAGUUUGACUCUGCCCACCCAAACUCUGGCAACGCCUGGUGGGACCGCGGUCGCCUCUGCAGGAGCUCCAGACCCAACGGGCACAUCCAAGGUGUCAAUGCCACUGUCUGACACCAUUAGCCACGGUUCGGAGCACAACCCCAAUGCGGAAGGGUCAAUCCCAACCAACAACGCGCAGGAUGGUACAGCUGGCACCAGCAGGUCCACUCCCAGCUCUUUGGCCACGCAGAUGACACCACCCUCGAGGGACUCCGCAACCAAUCAGAAGGAGGAUGAAAGCAAAGCCAAGCAGAAAGCCCCACCUCCACUGUUACUCCUCAAUAGGAGUGCCAAAUCCAAGCUGGGAGCUGUGAACUCAGAGGAGAGAGCACGGGAACCCUGUUUACAAAGCCCCGUCCAGAGUCUGGCCAAUACCAGCCGCUGCCUCCUGGAUUGGUGCAAGGAGGUGACGCGAGAUUACCAGCGGCUGAAGAUCACCAAUUUUACCACCUCCUGGCGGAACGGCCUGGCCUUCUGUGCCAUCCUGCACCAUUUCCACCCAGAACUCAUAGAUUACUCCUCACUGGACCCUCAUGACAUCAAGACCAACAACAAGAAGGCCUUUGACGGUUUUGCCAGCCUUGGCAUAUCCCGGCUUCUGGAGCCAGAGGACAUGGUACUCCUCACCAUUCCUGACAAGCUCAUCAUCAUGACCUACCUGUGCCAGAUCCGGGCCCACUUCACUGGGCAGGAGCUCAAUGUGGUGCACAUCGAGGAGAACAGCAGUGAGAGCACCUAUAAGGUAGGCAACUUCGACUCGGACUCCCACAGCUCCCUGGACCCUAUCCACUUUUACUCGGAGAGAAUGGAGGCCCGAAAGGCAGCCUCAGUGCCGCAGAGGCCCGAUAGGCCUAAGAGGGAGGCCCUGAAGAGGAACAGUCAAGCCCUGGCUGGCGACGGCAAGAAUCCAGACGCUCCUUGGCCCGGUUCAGGCUCCCCCAUGGCGGUCGAAGUUGCCCCGCCGCCUGGUUACCAACCCCAGGCUUCAGUCACCGAGGUAGGCCCCCAGGCCGUGGAAGCCAGGCCAGCCCCAGGGACAGGGCCCAUGGCUCCUGGUCGGACCCCGGCCACCCUGCUCAAGGGUCCUGGGACGGCUGAGGAGGCCUCGGAGGGCCAAGGAGGACCCCAGCAGGUGCCCGUGGCCAAGACUCGCAGGAAGCACCGAGGAGUGGCUGUGACAGAAGAGGAGGGGAGAUCCGUGGGACCGCCAGCCUCGGAUGGUCAUAGGAAGAGCGGCCAACUAAGCACUGUAGAAGAUGAUGGGAAACCCACUGGGAAAACAGCCUUAGAUGACCACGAGAAGAGUGGCCAGCUGGUCAUUACAGAGGAUGAUGGGAUACCCAUGAGGACAAGAGCCUUAGAGGAUCAUGGGAAGAGUAACCAAUUGGUCAUUACAGAGGAUGAUGGGAUACCCAUGGGGGCAAAAGCCUCAGAGGAUCAUGGAAAGAGUAACCAAUUGGUCAUUACAGAGGAUGAUGGGUUACCCAUAGGGACAAAAGCCUCAGAGGAUCUUGGGAAGAGUAACCAAUGGGUCAUUGCAGAGGAUGAUGGGAUACCCUUGGGGGCAAGGGCCUCAGAGGAUCAUGGAAAGAGUAGCCAACUGGUCAUAACCGAGGAUGAUGCGAUACCCACGGGAACAAAACCUUCAGAGGACCAUGGAAAAAGUGGCCAACUGGUCAUCACAGAGGAUGAUGAAAUACCCGUGGGGUCAAGAGCUUUGGAGGACCAUGGGAGGAGCAGCCAACUGGUCAUUAGAGAGGAUGACGGGGCGCCCACUGGGGCAUCAGCGUCGGAUGAGCUUGCAAAGACCAAAGAGGUGUCCUCUGUUGACGAUAAGGGCGCAGAAGUCCAGGAGAAGUCUGGGGCACUGCCUGUCACAAUGGGCGAUGUGGAACCACUUGACCCUGAGGGUGAAGGGAGGAUGGCUGCCCAGGGGAGUGAUGGGAAGACCCUGGAGCAGGCGAGUGAAGGGGUGGGUGGGAAACCCCUGGAACAUGAGGCGGCUGUGACCAAUGAGGGGCUGGCAGUGGAGAGGCUGCGGGAUGGGAACACUGUUGACUCGUCCAUCAGGGAAGAUCCCACAGUGUCAGCAUCGGCCACCGUACAGGAUGGAAUAACAACCGGAGCAGUGUCUGACCCUGAGGGCGGGGCAGCUGCAGGCGGCGCUGAAGUCCCGAAACGUGGCGCGACGCCGCCUGUUGCCGAAGAGCUGGGAAUGAGAGCCAGAGCGAUCUCACGGGAGUGUUCUCAGGCGGGGGAGAAGGUUCCCGAAACGGAAAGGGAGCCCCAGGCGAGGCCGGGAGACAGCGGCGUCUCCACUGGAGGAGAUGCCGAGGGGCCAGUGUCCAGCGGUGGGACCUCGCCUCUCAGAGGGCGAGGGGGGGGCAGCAGGCCAGAACGGAUGCAGCGCUCGCAGUCGUCGGAGAGCAGGUCACCGGGAAGGCCAGGCAAGUCCGGCUUCUCCCACAUCCGGGACGCCGACCUGGUCAGGAAGAGACGCUCUCGGAGGCGCAGCGACUCAAUGGAGGACACCAACAGCACUCCCAGCCAGAGCAACGUAUCGGCCAGUGUGUCAAGGCCGGAGGCGGAUGUUACUGAGGUACAGGUGGAAAUCUGCUCUGAGUCUCACCCCAGGGUGCCAUCGCCCCAUCAUGUCGGAGUCCAACAUGGCACUGACCAUCGCCCAGAGAUGAAGAGGCAGAGAUCAGUACAAGAGGACAUAGCACAGGAGAAAGAGAAUGUUCCGGAAAAAAAGACAGAGGAAGACAAUCCGCGGCUGCGAGACACCAGUCAGUAUGUACGCGGGGAGCUGACUGCCCUGGAGAGAGAACAGAGACAGAUCGACCGCCGAGCAGCUGUCGUCGAGAAUAAAUUACGCAGAAUCAUGGAAACUGGCAAGUGGUAUCAUCUUGUAGCAGAGAUCAGGGACUCAAACGGGGGUUUGGUGACGUGUCUGUUACUUGUGCCCCUUAGGGAGGAGGAACAAGAUCUCGAGAGGAGGUUUGAGCUGCUCAACCGGGAGUUACGGGCAAUAUUGGGCAUCGAAGAUUGGAAGAAGACAGACGCACAGCAGCGCCGAGAGCGGCUGUUACUGGAGGAACUGGUCUCUCUGGUCAACAAGAGGGACAGCCUCGUUCGGGACCUGGAUGCAAAGGAGAGAUUGGCUGAGGAGGAGGAUGCUCGACUAGAGCGAGGCCUGGAGCACAGGCGUCAGAAGUACAGCCGCCGGGAGAAAUGCGUGAUAAACUGAGAGAGAGAGAGAGAGGGAGAGAGAGAGAGAGAAAAACGGACAAGAGCUGGGGGCUGAGGUGGCCCAAUGAGACCAGGCACCGUCCCAGCUGUGAUAGUUUGACGCUUGACGACGCUAUUUCAGUCUUCAUCCCGUUGGAAGCCCGAGGCUAUUCGGUUGGGAGUGCAUCACUCACCAGGAGGAGAGAGAGAGUGGCGGGAUGGACAGGAUGGCCCGGGGAUGGGAGGUGGGGUGGUGGGCUAGCGGUGCGUUGGUUGGAGUCGGACUGUUUGUUUCAGGACUUGAAAGUGGUCCCACGUUCACAUCCUCGUUCCCCCCCCCCCCAAAUUUUAACUUUCCCCGCUCUCCGGGCCCCCCCCCUCCAUAAUUGCUGCUUCCGCUCCCAACCCUUCCCACCUUGGUGAAGUCUGAAAUUAGCCAGGCCUCCUGGCUGGGAAAGAUGGCAGCCAAGGUGGGGGGAGGAAGGUCAAGGGGUAGAGGAGGGUGGCCUCUUGGGGAAGGAAAGGAGGAGGAGGAGGAGGAGGAGGGGGUUGAUUCUAUUGGCUGCUAAACUUCCCCUUUCCUGCGCAGAGAGACAUCCUACCACCCGGGCUGAGGGGGCUACACAUGUGGCGUUGGGCUCUGGGAGGAUGGUUGGCUACAGGAGGCCUCACUGGCCAGUCCGACAAGGUGCUAGCCUACACAUUUUUGCACUGCCUGUGGUUUGCAAGAGGUGACCAGGGUUGUGGAAGGUGGUGGGGGUGGGGGGGAUGUUAGUGUUGAACAACCCCCCGAUAUAAAAGAGACGACCCUUGUAAUUCCAGGUCUCUCGUUCCUUCCUUGGUUUCUCUCCCUUCUCAGACUCGAUUCAUUCUGUGAAGAACACUCCCCCGCCCCUCCCCAACAUCGCAGUAGCCCAAUGGGCUGCGCACACACUUCCACCAGUCGGUCUCCGAGUUUUGUUUCAGAAUUUGGGGGGGGGGUGCCCAGUGUGUUUGUGUGGUCUUUAUACUUGGGGUUAAAGGAAGUAGGAUCCGCUGUGAAGGAAAUUACCCUUCCUUUAUGUUGUUGCACUAUCUGUGAUUUGCUGUUUGGAAUUAAAGCCAUAUUGACAAA